AUGCCUCGUGCCGCUUGGAAAGGUCCAUUCUUUGUAGCAUUCCCUGGCUUGAAGCAAGCUGUUCAAGCUGGUACACCCAUUGCCACUCAAGCUCGUUCUUGCACAAUCUUACCGUCCUUUGUUGGACUCAAGUUCCUCGUACAUAACGGCAAAGACUACUUACCAGUUCAUGUCACUGAAGAGAUGAUUGGACAUAAAUUGGGUGAAUUUGCCUUUACCAGAAAGCGUUUCACUUAUCGUUUCACCAAGGCCAAAUAG